AUGAUCUGGUGGAUCUUAAGGAUUACUAACUUUUAGAUUAUCUCUGUUCCAUAUACAAAUGGAAGUUCAGUUUAAAAAUUCGACAUAUUUAACGCAAAUCUAAGUAUUUAGAUGGUAUACUUUUAUUAAUUAUAUUUUAGAUAAAUGGAUCUUGGGUGUGA